CCGAGCCACAUCACAGCGACCCCAAUUUCCUAAAAUACAUAUCCCUCUCUUCGAAAUUUCCAUUGUCGGGCCGUCGAGAUUUCUCCCGCAGAAGAUUUCGGGUUCUCAUAUGACUAUCCGCGUGUAGGGUUCUCAUACACUGUAUAUCGUAACCUCCAAAAGAAAUUUCAUCUGCUGUUUGUUGAAAUAUGAACGGAAUAUCCAUAGGCCACCCGCACCCCAGACCCUGUUCGGGUGAGAAAACACUAAGAAGGUGCAGGAAUUACGAGGAAGCUGAUAACGUUAUCGUGAUAGAUGUCGAUGCCGACAAUUUUGACAAUGUUGUUAUCAUUGAUACUCCCGAACGACCCCCCAAAACCCAACCUUCAGAAGGCAAACAUAAAAAAGACAAAAAGUGGUCAUUUCCGAACGUAAUAUGCAUAGAUGACGAUGAAAACUGUGAGGCUGCCGGAUUUUCUUCUGGAGCCUCUUCUGAUGGAGAAUCUUUUCGUGUCAGUACGAAAUAUUCCGCAGGCAAAGAAUCUGAAUGUGGUCAGGAUGUUACACCUCCUGUGCGAUUAUCAAGUUGCAAGCGUACUUAUUCGGGAAAAGGCUCCACAAGAAACCGUUACGGGUUGGAUUUAGACUAUGAAAGUGAUUCAUCUGACAGUGACUAUCCCGAUUGUGAGUUGGUGGAAGAUUCGUCAGGGAAAGUUCAAGAACAGUGGGAAAAGGCUUCCUCCAGGAGAAAGAAGGAUCUUCAAAACAGUCAUCCAGAUAUUUGGUAUCGUUAUAGCUCAUCAAAAGGUGUUGGUGGGGGCCACCGUUACAAUUUUGAAAUGGAUGAUGUGGCUGAGCAAAGGAAUACCCCGUCCAGUUCUUGUACAGGAAAAUUUAAUAACCGAAAGGAUGAUCCAUCAUGUUCUGGAACAGAAGAGGGUUUUAAAUUUUGCAAAAACCGGCUAUUUGGUGCAGGAGUGAAUUGGGAAAGCCCAUUUUCUUAUACUUUUCCUUCCUCCGAGAAGUCGCGUAAGGAAUUCGAUCAAUCAAAAAGUGCUUCUGAUGAUGUGGAAGCUUCUGAAGUCGAACCCUGUUACUCAAAAUCCAAAUCACGUGCACAUGAAGACCCUUCUUGUGGCAAAUCUAGUCCAGCAGAGGAUGAAGCCACCACUUAUAUGAGUAAAAGUUCAUUUGAAAAGCCUAAGGGCAAUCUCCGUGAACCUUUUUCAGGUCAUUGCCGUAAGAAUUUCCCAGACUUCAGCACGGACAAUGCCAAUAGCAGGGAGAAUGUUAAAUCCAGGAAGCUACAUGAAACUGGGGAGUCUAAAGAGAUGGAUAAUUUAAUGCCUAAAAGAUGUGAAUUAAAGAGGUCUACGCUAUCUUCUAAGCAAACGGAUCACAGUUCCUCUCGUUUAUCCGGUGACUUGGUAACAGAAUCCCACAAUAUUGACAGUCAACAGACCCCUGACACGUCAUCAUUCAGAAAUUGUAUUAAUGAAGCUAAUGUACAAGAGGAUAAUGCAGCAUCAAACGUUCAACUGGAGAAGGACAGUCCAAGUGGAGAAACUCUGCCUUCUGGUGGGUCAUGCAUAAUCUCUGAUCGCGAGAAACUCAAGGAAACAGAUGAAUAUAAAAGAGCAAUGGAGGAAGAGUGGGCUUCCCGCAAACAAGCUCUUGAAGUUCAGGCUGAAGAAGCUAAACGUCUGAAGCGGUUGCAAAAGAGAAGAGUAAAUGAGAGCAAGCGGUUGCUGGAUGUGGAGAGAAGAACGAAACAGCGGAUAGAGGAAGUUUGGAAUAGUCAGAGGAAGGUUAAGGAAAAUAUGAACUUGAAGGAGAGAAUACGUGAAGAAGUUGAGACAGAGCUCAAGAAACUGGAAGUCUUGUGCCAUAAUAAUAUGGCUUCACUGUUGCACUCGUUGGGGAUUCAUGUGCGUGGGUGGCCAAAUCCUGUGCCACAAGAGGUGCAAACUGCUUGUAAACGAGCGUUGGUGUCCUUUCACCCUGAUCGAGCCUCACAAUCUGAUAUCCGUCAGCAAGUUGAAUCCGAGGAGAAAUUUAAGCUCAUUAGCAGGCUUAAGGAGAAAUUUUCGCCUUCUUUAUGACACUUUUCAUGUGUAACCAUCGUAAAUUUUCUGGUCAGUUAUCUAUGCUCGUGUGCUUCUGAGUGUUAGAAAGGUAAUUCACCGGAUAGCCUUUUUGUUCUCAAUCCUGCGCUCGCAGGACGUGGGAAAAACUUAUCAUUUCUUUUUGGAAAUAGAUUUUAAUUUACGCCUUGUGACCAAAAGUGAUUAGCAGAUUGGGUCAUCUCUUUACUAAACGAGUAAAUGCAGCAAACUCUUAUUUUGUUUGCCAUUCCUUUUUUCAACAUAUAAACAAAUUCUCUGUUUUUAGCAUGAACAGCCAGACUCACGACAGCAAUUGUAUUAUCCGUUAGCCUUUGUAAAUUGUUGGCAUUUUGACAAUUGAUCUCGGUCGAUCAUCUGUGCUUGAUUUUGAUGGAUUAUGGUAUGCAUCCAUCAGUAUAAUUUGAGUGGAUUGAAUUGAUUUACGAAUUAU